GCUGGGGGCCGUCAGCCCCCUCGGUGGUGCCGCGGGCGUCGCCUCGGCGUGGAGAGGAGUCGGGGAGGGCCUCCUCCUCCCCCUGGCGGUUUCAGAGACGCCGCCGCCGCUCCCAGUUUGGGGGUCUCGGUUGGGUGGUCUCGGGCGCGGUCCCCGGAGGCUUACGAAGUGACCCCGCCGCCCCCCAAGGCUCACGUAGAGAGAACAAUAAUAAUACAAUUAAACAGAAACCCCCGAAGACAAAGAUCUCCCCCAUGCGUCGAUCUUCUUUCGCACCGCAACCUCGCCAGCCGUGCUAAUCGGAGGUUGCGGGAAACAACGCCGCUGCCACGGAACGACAAAUGAUCCCCCCCUGUAGCGAGCCUCAACAGACUGUUGUGGCGAGUGCCGUGAGCGGGCCGGAACUACUCACGAAGGCUUACGCCAAGUUCGCCGGAGCCCCCCUGAAGCUGCAAAGGACCAACAACCCCUGGUGGACGCCGACAGGGAGCCUGCCAGUGUUCAAGUCGGGCAAGAACGUCAUAACUCAACCCUUACAAAUCCUCGACCACCUUAGAAAACAGAACUUCAACGCCGACUAUGGCCUCUCUCCGAAGGAGGGCGCCGACACGCUGGCCUUCAUCGCCCUCGUCGAGCAGAAGCUCCAGCCCGCGCUCACGCACGCCAUGUGGCUGGACCCCGUGAACUACGUGGAGCUGACGCGGCCGUGGCACGGAGAGGCCAUCCCCUUCCCGCUCAACUUCGUCCUGCCCAACCGCAUGCACCACGCCGCCGAGGAGAGGCUGCGGCAGAUGCGCGGCGGGGACGCCGACCCCAUGGAGGAGGCCGUCCAGAGCGAGAUUUACGCGGAGGCAAUGGACUGCCUCAGCCUUCUGUCACACACGCUGGGUGACAAGGAAUACUUUUUCCGCGACUCGCCCAGCACGCUGGACGCGGUGGUGUUGGGACACGUGGCUCCGCUGCUGCUUGCGCCGCUGCCCAGCGCCAAGCUGCAGCAGCACCUCAAGGGGCUGGACAACCUGUGCCGCUUCUGCCAGCGCAUACUGGCGCAGUACUUCCCACAGGACGAGCAGGACGGCCCACGGAGCAAGAAUCACCAGCGGCGGCAGAAUGAGCCCGCAGGCUCGCCGUCCGAGGGGGAUCACGAGCCACACAAGCUGCGGAACCAGCUGCUGUCGCUGCUGGUGGCGGUGGGCGCCAUGGUGGGCUACGCGCUCUUCCACGGGCUGGUGACAAUCGAGCGCGUGGGCGGCGCCGACACGGACGCCGACAUCCCCACGGAGAUGUACCCCGACGGCGGCGCCAGCGACGAUGACGACGGAGGCGACAGCUGAGCAUCGUUUUUUGGGGAGG